CACUACCAAAGCCAAAGGCGUUAGCCUCUUUUUAGCCAACUUCUCCGGAUACUCAGCUUGGAUUUAAAAAAUCCGUGUAGGCGAGGGAAAUGGCCGAGAAAACGGGAUUCAUCAGUGUGCCCUGGCAGCAGCACCGGCUGGGCGGGCGGUACACUAGGCCGUUUCCUUCUAUGAGCCGCCCGAAAUGCCUUGGCGUAUGCAGCAUAAACGCUAGCCGGGAUUAUGUGGACGACGCCAGCGGUGCCAGCUACAUGGCUGGCCAACCGUGGCCAGAGCUGCCGCUCGACCUCAACGAUGGAAUAGAGGAUGUGAUCCGCAAGCCCGUCGAUCACGUCAAACGGGAUUUGGAGUAUAUGCUGCUCUAUAUCAAGCAUCACCGGAAGGAACUGCUCCGCCAGCAAAGCUCCAAUCCAGGAAAUCUCUUCUUGGACACCGACUUUGUAACGUUGCGUGGUAUUUUGCGGCAGAUAAUGUGCCUGCAGUAUGAUACUAAUCGCACUUUCCGCAUCAAGGCGACUCUCCUCAACGGCAACAUCUAUAUGGCCAAAGAGGACACGCCGGAGCAGCGGCUGGAGAACGAGAACAUGAGCAAGAAACAGCUGGACAUGUGCUCCUGGGGUUUCAAGUUUGAGCAGUACCUGACCAGUGCCCAGGCGCAGGGCAAGCCGAUCACCAAUGUGCCGGUUAACGAGGCGGAGGAGUUUAUGGGCGUGUACCGCGUGAACCUGGCCGGAAUUGAGAUGCUCUACGGCGCCGAACUGGACUGUGUGGACAGCACGGAGCCAGUUGACUUCAAAGAUCCCAAAGUGCUCGACUCCUUGAAUUUUGUGGAGCUGAAGACCAGCGCCUUCAAUAUGAACAAACACCAAAUGCGCAGCUUCGAUUCGUACAAGUCGGCCAACUGGUGGAGUCAGUCAUUCCUGGUGGCCAUCCAAACGAUUUACGUGGGACUGCGCGACGCCAAGGGCAUGGUGCAGAAGAUCGAUGAGAUCGAUGUACGCACACUGGCCCGCAACAAGCCGUGGAAUCCAUCGGCAAUGGCUUGGUACCUGGAACAGUUUUUGCGCAAUCUUAAGAAGCUCCUAGUGACCAUUAACGAUCCGUUUGCGGUGGUUCAGGUGACUUUUCGCGAUAAGCGCGCCUACUACGAAGUGCUGCGCGGCCCGGAACACCAAAUCCUGCCCGAUUGGUAUCGAGAUAUGCUCAAGGCGGCCACCUAAAGAAUUUGCACUGAAUGGAAUUUGCUUAACGAGAGCAAGUCUGAUCAUGGAAUUAAUCGUUUUUUAUGAUUCUCGUACGAUAUAUACAAACCGACUUAGAACUAUUGAA